CCGAUCUUGCUGGGCCUUCACUGACGACUACACCAAAUGUCAUAGUUACUCUGAUGAAAAUGAAUGGUCAAGAGCUCUCGUUCCUAUAAAGAAAAUUCUCGAGGAGCAGUUCUAGAAUCACUAGACUAGCAAGCAGGGUACUCAUUGUGUUGCAAGAGGAAGAGCCAAAUUGUACACAUCAACAUCAUGUUGAUCUCUACAAGGAAAGCGCAGCAGCAGUUCACGCAGGAGCCGCUCUCGCCGAGCCGGUUGCACCGCAAGAAGCAGCAUUCCUACAAGGGUUGGUGCGAGCGGUGCCGCACCGUGCACGACUGGCGCAGCGGGGAAAACGUGACCAAGGCGUGCAUUCCGCCCCUGCACGUCACGGAAUUGUUCGACGAGCGAAGGGAGGAGGUGGUGAAGGUGCCCAAGGUAUGUUCAUGAAUCUUGCAAGACGCUUAUUUUGUUCAAGGUGACCAUCAUGAUCAUGCGUACAACUACAGGCUGAAGGCUGAGAAAAAAAAUGAUGCAUCUGAUAUACUGUGUAAAAGUAGUACUAUCUACUUCCACCGACCGAACAUCUGCGACCUUCUACCGGACUACCGACAUCAAAUCGUAACCCCUGGACCUUUUCAGGAUUACCGUGCCGCGCUGUACGCCUACGAAGGCGCUGGUGGCUACUACACCCUGGAGGGCGUUCUGGACACGUUUUUCGGCAAGAACCCGCAUUUUCCGGGCUACAGCGUGUGGCUCCGGGAUGUGAACGAGGAAACCCCCGAGCCGAGUAGCGAAGAGGACGAGGACGGGAGCGAGGAGACGGGUUCGAAUACUCCUACGGGCUUUGAGGAAAAUGAUAAUCCGGUGCACCGGGGCGAAAAUUUUGUGACCAAGACCGGUCGUGAAGAUCAUGCUACAACAACAGGAGGUGAAUCCAGUCCAACCAAAGGGGGUCAACUUCUGCUCAAGGGCAUGGUGGCGGAGGACGAUCGCUUUUUCCGGUUGUUAAAGCGCAACCGCACGUGCUUCGUAUGCAUUGCAGGAAAUAUCUCUGGGGUUGAAAGAAUGCAAGGGUCGUUUGUCAUGCAACGCUGCGAAAGCGACAUUUUUCUGAUAUGCACUAAGAAAUAGGGGAAUAGAGUGGACAUCACCGCCUAGGAAUUCAAGAAGUUGUAUAUGUACAAAUAUCUAUGUGCUUGGCGGCCGACGGACAAAUGAGGCGCUGUCGUGAUUCUUCAAUGAGCGUAAUCACAAGUUUCUUCUUCUUCUAGACCCGGAUUUAUAUUUGCAAGGCAUACUUUGGCACGCGAAACAACGCGACCACCCGAAAGCGGUCCAACUCCCGGUCGCCGAAAAAAGCGGGCUCGCCGAACAAGACCGGCGGAACUACUACUCACUACAACCCGCUGAACCCGGAGUCGAACCCGGCCACCCUUAUUUCCGAGCAGGACAUAUGGGGUUCUCAAACGUUACAUUCAAAGAGUACCUAAAUCUGUGCGAAAUUUGUAAUGCUAAAUGUGCAGCCUCCCCCCUUUGACUAUUGCUAUUCUUGCAUUACAAAUUCGUGUAACAGUUGAGAAUGUAACAGUUGAGAAUGCCAUAGGACAUCUACAGGAAGUGGGACAACGAAAAGGGCUUCCGGAUUCCGGAAAAGCUGGUGCAGAAAACCGUCAUGCUGGAGGCGGAGAACACCAUCGAAAAACAGCACUCCCUGGUGCGCAACUUACGCAUUGCAAAUAAAUAUGUCUGGGUCCGGAAGGUUGCAACUUGUCAUGCUGAAUCUGAAUCAUGCAAAAACUCUGCGUAGCAUGAUUAGCAACAGCCGUCCUUUUUUACCACGUUGAGAGAGAAUUUCUCAUGCAGGAUAGGCAUGAUAGAGAUCAUCUCACAGAAUUUGCCAUGCUAGGUGCUGCAUUUCAGGCCUCAUGGGUAAUGGAAAACCUGCAUGACAAAUAAUCUGGCAACAUCCUUCCAGAUCCAGACCCAGACAUAUUUGCAUUGGAUACAACUCCUUCGUGUACAACGAGUACGACGCCGUAUCCUGGCCCUUGACUUUCUUUUUCGGUACGGUGCUGCCGAACACCCGGAAAGAGAUCGUGGAGAUGAACCAAAAAGCGAAAAACCUCUCCGUGCCACCCACUGCAUCUCCGGGCGGUGACAAUAACAACGACCAGACCACAAACGAGGAGGACAAAAAGUUCGAAGAGCCGGAGCAGGCGUUUUUCGAUUCCGACCUGUGGAAGCGGUUCGUGAACCAGUACAAGCCCGGCAGAACAACGUCGACAACCGGAGCAGGAGGUACUAAAAAUACGUCGAAGAACGAGGACACUUCUACCCGCCCCCUCCUGCAGAUGAAACUGCUGCCGUCGUUUCUGACCAACCCGAAGGAGCGGAAAAACCGGGAGGACGCGCAGUUCGCGAAGUUUGCGGCGCAGCUGCAGCGGGUCUACGAGGUGAAAAUGGAACAAUUCCUGUCGCCGUCGGACGAACAGGAAGCUGGUACAACUACAUCAACAAGUGACGGAGCGAAAGAGGAACAAGCCGAUCGAGAGACCCCGUCCUCGGGAGCAGCACAAAAUGUUGAGCAACAAGAAACUACGGAGGAAGUACAACAAGAUCAAGACGCGACAUCCUCUGCGCCCGCGUCCGCCACCCGGGUGCACAUCCUCCCGCCGCUGAAGGAGUGCGAUGCGAAGAUGCGCCGGGCACGGAAGAAAAUGCAGGCGGAUGACCGGUGUUUCAAGCCGUACGAAGGAAACAACAACUCGAUGAAUUACGACGACGAAUUUUUCGUUUACGCCAGGUGGGCAAAGUUCUAGACGAAGGCUGCGACUGCGUUUUGUUGUAGUUGAAUGAGCUUCUUGAGGAAGAUAUUGCAAACGGAAGCUGCAGCGCGGCAAGUGAAAGUGUGUAUAAUUUUUCCCUAGCUGGCGAACGAAAAUCAAAUCAUGAACCAAGAAGUACAAAUUUUUACUUCAGCCAACAAUCGCGAGCGGACAAGGAUGCUUUUCGUGAGAAUUACCUCACGGAAAAUGAAGUGAAAAGUUCGAAGAUGAUGUCUGUACUGUAUGAUGAACAAAAAACGCUUUAUUUAACGACCACCAGACUCGACCCGCCCCGGCGCUUCUCGUCCAGGAGGGUCGUUACAGCUCAUGCUGAUAAAAGAAAAAAGAGGGUGCUGUUUGGAACCACGCCAGGCUCAGGGGGUCACUGAAUCGAUCAGAUUGCGGUAUGCAAUAAAAGUCGAUCCUGACACAAGAAGCC